CUUUGACUCGCCCACAGCUUCAGCCCUAUCCGAAAGUUUCUUGACCUAGGUCUCAGUUGCAAAAAUUUUUCCCUUUGUGUCCUAGAUCUUUCGCCUUCAUCUACAUUGAUUGGGGGCAAUCUAUCCUUCAUCCCGAGCCACUCUUAUGCACAAGUGAACGCUACAAGAUGGUUGCCGAACACCUCACCAUCCGCAACGUUACAUCGACACCAAUCCGGCUCAAGCGCAUUGAGCGGUUCCGCGCGCCGGAGCGGUCGUUCGAUGGGGUACAAACAUUUGCAAGGAACUUCACCCGCGUGCUCACCAACGUGACUCGCGCCACCACGCCCGUCGCCGCCAUCCACGACGACACGACACCAUUCACCCACAAUGAAGCUGACUUCGAGAUCGCGCCCUUCCAGACCGUCCACACUGAGAUCCGCGCGUUUCUGGAGUCGAAAAAGGAACGCCUGCGCUGGAUCUUCGAGGUCGAGGGCGAGGAGCACCAGCUCCAGACCCCCGUGCCGACCACCGAGUCCGCCACCAUGAAGCCAAUGAGCGACGACCCCAAGUUCCGGCUCACGGGCGUCUUCAUCACCCCGGAGUCGCACCUGACCAUCUUCUCGUCUGCCCACCUCGAAGCCUGGAUGCGGGAGCUCGACGGCGACGUGCUGCUCUCCUCGCUCUCCAUCCCGGGCACGCACAACUCGCCGACCUGCCAUGUUGCGGCGCCCUCGGUGCGCUGCCAGGCGGUCAGUCCGCGCGAGCAGCUGCGCAACGGGGUACGGUUCUUCGAUAUCCGCGUCCAACCGCAGUAUCCGGACGACGCAGACCGCGACGAGCUGAUCCUCGUGCACAGCGUGUUCCCCAUCUCCCUGACUGGCAGCAAGUACUUCCGGGACCUGAUGCGCGAGGUCGAGGAGUUCCUGUCCGAACACCCGUCGGAGGCGGUGAUCAUCUCCCUCAAGCGCGAGGGGCCCGGAACCCACACCGACGAGCAGCUCAGCCGCAUCCUCAGCGACCACUACACCUCCCAAGACGGCAGCCGGUGGUACACGGCGCCCAAGAUCCCGACGCUGGGCGAGGUCCGCGGCAAGGUCGUGCUGCUGCGCCGAUUCAAUAUCCAGGACAGCCUCAAGGAGCUCCACGACGGCCACGGCUGGGGCAUCGACGCCAGCGGCUGGGCCGACAACUGCGCCGACGCCACCUGCCCCAGCGGCCAGCUGUGCAUCCAGGACUUCUACGAGGUCCUCCUCACCCAGAAUAUCGACCAGAAGAUCCAGUACGUCCGCGACCAGUGCCAGCGCGCCGGCGGCACCGUGUACCCGUUCGGCGUGCUGCCGGAUUCGUCUGCCACCCGUGACCAUCCGUUCUAUAUCAAUUUCCUCAGCGCCAGCAAUUUCUGGAAGGUCGGCACGUGGCCCGAGAAGAUUGCGGCUAAGGUCAAUCCCGCCACGGUGGAUUAUCUGUGCAGACGGCAUGGCAGCGGGGAGGAUGGGGACUGGUCCACGGGCAUCCUGGUCACAGACUGGGUGGGCUUGGAUGGGGACUGGGAUUUGGUGCGGUGUAUUGUAGGGAUGAAUGCUCGGGUGAGGGAGAGGCGGCUGGCGCAGGUGGACGAUUGGUAGGAUGGGCGGGGAUGUACCUGAAGUAGCAAGAUUACCACAUCCAACCGAUAGUGGAC